GAGGAAAAGAAGAAAGCCAGAGAAGCCGUCAAGAUGGACUCUUCCCAAAAGCUCAACAAUCCUGCAGACAUCUCUGUUAUUGUCAUCUAUUUUUUGGUAGUGCUGGCGGUGGGACUAUGGGCCAUGUACUCAACCAACCGAGGGACUGUGGGUGGGUUCUUCUUGGCUGGACGGAGCAUGGUGUGGUGGCCGAUCGGCGCUUCUCUGUUUGCUAGCAACAUUGGCAGUGGACAUUUUGUGGGCCUAGCAGGAACAGGAGCAGCUGGAGGAAUUGCCACCGGAGGGUUUGAGUGGAACGCUCUGAUAUUUGUGGUUGUCCUAGGAUGGCUGUUUGUACCCAUCUACAUCAAAGCUGGGGUGGUGACAAUGCCAGAGUAUCUGAAGAAGCGUUUUGGUGGCAAACGAAUUCAGAUUUACCUGUCGAUCCUUUCUCUCCUGCUGUAUAUUUUCACAAAGAUCUCAGCAGACAUAUUCUCUGGAGCUGUGUUUAUACAGUUGGCUAUAGGACUGAAUCUUUAUCUGGCCAUAAUUAUCCUGCUCGCUAUUACUGCUCUUUACACCAUCACAGGUGGCCUGGCAGCUGUGAUUUACACAGACACCUUACAAACAUUUAUCAUGAUAGUGGGAUCCUUUAUUCUCAUGGGAUUUGCCUUUGCCGAAGUAGGAGGGUAUGAAGCUUUCAUGGACAAGUAUAUGAAUGCAAUUCCAUCCAACAUCUCCUAUGGAAACGUGACAAUUGAUGCAGAAUGCUACACUCCCCGGAAAGAUUCCUUCCACAUCUUCCGAGAUCCCCUCAGUGGGGAUCUGCCCUGGCCAGGGGUUAUCUUCGGUCUGAGCAUCCUUGCUCUGUGGUACUGGUGCACAGAUCAGGUUAUUGUCCAAAGGUGUCUCUCUGGCAAGAACAUGUCCCACGUGAAGGCUGGCUGCAUCAUGUGUGGCUACCUGAAGCUCCUGCCCAUGUUUCUCAUGGUGAUGCCUGGAAUGAUCAGCCGGAUCUUGUACACAGACGUGGUGGCCUGUGUCGUGCCUGACAUCUGUAAGCAGCACUGUGGCACCCCGGUCGGCUGCACCAAUAUUGCCUAUCCCAAGAUGGUGGUCGAGCUGAUGCCCAACGGUCUGCGGGGUCUGAUGCUGGCAGUUAUGCUGGCCUCCCUUAUGAGCUCCUUGACGUCCAUUUUCAACAGCGCCAGUACCUUGUUCACUAUGGACCUUUACACCCUGAUUCGUCCGCGGGCGUCCGAGCGGGAGCUCAUGUUGGCAGGAAGGGCAUUCAUGCUGGUUCUGAUUGCUAUCAGCAUCGCCUGGGUCCCCGUGGUGCAGUCAGCUCAAAGCGGGCAGCUCUUCGACUACAUUCAGUCGAUCACCAGCUACCUGGGGCCACCCAUCGCUGCCGUCUUCCUGCUCGCUGUCUACUGCAAGCGGGUCAAUGAGCCGGGUGCCUUCUGGGGCCUGAUCAUUGGGCUGCUAAUUGGACUCGCCAGAAUGAUUACAGAGUUUGCCUAUGGAACUGGCAGCUGUGUGAACCCCUCCAAAUGCCCAUUUAUCAUUUGUGGGAUUCAUUACCUUUACUUUGCAAUAAUUCUCUUUGGGAUUUGCCUGAUCAUCAUCCUGGCCGUCUCUCUAAUGACUAAGCCCAUCCCUGAUGUACACCUUUACCGCCUGUGCUGGACUUUGCGGAACAGCAAAGAGGAACGAAUUGAUCUUGAUGCAGAUGAGAAGGAGAAACAUGAGGACAAAGAUGAAGAAUCAGUUACAGAGGAAAAUGCAGAGGAGCCAGGAUGCUUGAAGAAAGCCUACAACUGGUUCUGUGGCUUAGAUCAGCAAAAAGGACCCAAACUGAGCAAAGAGGAAGAGGAGGCGCUGAAGAAGAAACUCACUGACACUACAGAGGUGCCACUUUGGAGAAAUGUUGUCAACAUCAAUGGCAUCAUCCUAUUGACUGUGGCUGUAUUUUGCCAUGCCUAUUUUGCAUAAACCUCUGAUUACAAUUCUAAAAUUGUACUGUAUUGUUCAGCAAAAACAAUGAAUUGUA